AUGGAUAUCUUCGUCUCAUAUCUACUUCAGAUUGUUGUCCUGUGCAUCUCUCUUCUUCUCAUCUUCAGAAUCUACCGAAAGAAACCCACCUCCCCCAGGCUUCCACCGGGCAGCAAAGGAUGGCCUUUCGUGGGUGAAACUUUGGAAUUCGGCAGGGCCUGCAUAAGUGGUGAUCCAGAGAAGUUCAUAACUGAUAGAAUGAGCAAAUACUCCCCAGAUGUCUUCCAUUCCUCCUUGUUUGGAGAAGACUUUGCUGUGUUCUGCGGUGCUUCUGGGAACAAGUUCUUGUUUUCAACUGCGAACGAGAGUGUCAACACAUGGUGGCCCCGCUCGCUGCUUGAAAGUCUGAAUUUUCCUUUCGAUGUGGAAGGUUUCAAGGACGAGCUCGACGAAUUGCGAGCAAUGCUCCCUGAAUUUCUGAAACCAGCGGCUCUGCAACGCUACGUACCUGUAAUGGAUUCCAUGGCAAAAGAACACAUGGAGAUAGAAUGGUCUCCUUAUAAAGAAGUGAAGGCUCUCCCACUGGCAAGGAAGUACACCUUUGCAAUUGCAUGUAGGCUUUUAAUAAACGUAACAGAUACAGAGCGUGUAAACAGAUUUACGAAUCUCUUGAAUCUUGUCGGAGCUGGCCUCAUAUCAGCUCCGAUCAAACUUCCAUUCACAGCUUUUAGUCGUGCAGUUAAAGCAGGCAAACUCUUCCACGAGGAGCUCUUCGCCAUCAUUAGACAGAGAAAGAUGGAGUUCUUAGAGAAGAAAGGGCAAGAAAAUGUACUGGACGUGUUGACUCGCAUGCUCCUUAUUAUAGAAGAGAAUGGCAGAGAAAUUAGCGAGAAGGCGGUCGCAGCUAGCAUUACUGGUUUAUUCAUUGGCAGCUACGAUACAACAAGUUCGACAAUUACAUCCACUUUGAGGUAUCUUGCAGAGUCACCCCAUGCCUACAACGAGGUUUUAAAAGAACAAAUGGAGAUAGCAAAGUCCAAAGGUCCAGGCGAGUUCUUGAAUUGGGAUGACAUUCAAAAGAUGAGGUAUUCUUGGAAUGUGGCAUGUGAAGCAAUGAGGCUAGCACCACCUGGCCAAGGAGCUUUCAGAGAGGUCACAUCUGAACUCACUUAUGCAGGUUCCACAGUUCCAAAAGGAUGGAAGGCUUACUGGACAGUAGCUUCAACACACAAGAACCCCAAGUAUUUUCCUGAUCCAGAAAAGUUCGAUCCGUCAAGAUUUGAAGGGCAUGGGCCAACACCAUAUACUUUUGUACCAUUUGGAGGAGGACCUCGAAUGUGCCCUGGGAAGGAAUAUGCACGAUUAGAGAUACUCUCUUUCAUUUAUAAUCUGGUGACCAAAUUCAAAUGGGAGAAACUAAAUCCCAACGAAAAGAUUAUAUUCAGUCCAGCUCCUACUCCAGUCAAUGGUCUUCCGCUUCGCCUUAAUCCUCUUAAGAAUAAUUAA